CAACAAGUAACUUCAGAAAAAGCUAAUUAUCUUCCUCGUCGACUCUCUGGAUUUGGAAACCCUGCAAUAUGGCUGUAUUCUUCACUCUGGUUCUCCUGGCUAUGGCGUGUCCUUUAAUGGCAUUCGACAUGGGCCAGUCCACUCGCUGUGUCACUAUCCCCAACCAGAUGAAAGUCUGCAAAGAUGUUGGAUACACUGAGAUGCGGCUGCCCAACUUUUUAGGUCACAGUAACCUGGAAGCUGAAGUGGUGCCUCGUUCAGAGGACUGGAGGCCCCUGUUGCAGACAGGCUGCCAUCCUCAAGCUCAGGCCUUCCUCUGCUCCCUCAUUGCCCCUGUCUGUCUUGACACUUUUAUCCAGCCUUGCCGAAGUCUGUGUGUGGCAGUCAGAGACAGCUGUGCCCCGGUGCUCGCCUGCCAGGGUCACCCUUGGCCUGAGGCACUAGAUUGUGACCGCUUUCCUGCCGAGGAAGACAUGUGCCUAGUUCCCCAUGCUAAAUUUAGUCACUUUGCCAAAGACUUGCCAAAACCUGCCUGCCAGAACUGCCCUGCUGUGGAAGAAGGCCCAACAAUGAAGACAGUCCUGGAUGCUUUCUGCCUGCAUGACUUUGCUGUGACUGCCAAAAUUCAUCGCCAUCGCCUCCCCACAGGAGAGCCAGAGUUUGAGAUUGAUGGCCUCGUGGAGUUUAUCCGGCAGGGCCCUCUGCUGCCUUAUGACACUCGGCAUCUUCUCCAGCAGUGGCUCCUUAUCAACCUCCGAUGUGCAGGUGUUCUUGUGCGCCCGGGACGAUCACAGCUUUACGUGUUGACUGGUUCUGUGCAGCCUGACGGCACCCUCGCUCUCACCAACCUCUUCCCUUGGCACAAAAAGGAUGCCAACAUUGCAGUGGCCACUCGUAAGUGGAAGCACCACAGAUGUUGAAUUUAAACAAUCUAAAGAUCCGGAUCUGUGUUUGAAGUGUAGAAUCGCAAAUGGGGAAAAAAGCCUAUUUGAUUCCACACCUAACACAUGCUUGAUUUAAGAAAAAAACCUUGGAUGGAGUUUGAGAUGGAGAGAUUCUUGGCAUUGGGUGUGAGAAGUUAUAAAGUAGGCCUAAUGUAAAUCAAUGGAAGAACAGAGCUGGACUCACACAUAGAAACCCUUUGCAUCCCUCAGACACUCACUACCUCAUCCCUGCUCUGACAGCACACAGUAAUAGAAUGCACUCAAACCUGUAAAUAAUAUUAAGUAAUGUAAAUUGAUUGUAAAUUCUAUUUUCUAUAAGGAUAUUGAUGUAUUUAUGACAUCUUUUUUUAUAUGCAUGGAAAAGAUGACAAUAAACUAUUUGUUAU